CAACCCGAUGUUAGCUCCUCAGCUAGCAGAGAGGAAAAUAUUAUCACACUUAUUGAUUUAAGUAGAACCUUUGACAUCAGUUAUUAACCUGUGAAUUCACAAGACAAAGUUUUUCUGAGUAACUCUUCCUUGCAACCUCAUUUGAGAUGUUUACAGAGCUCAACAGCAUCCUGAACACCAGUCCUGACAGCUUCACACAGGGAGAAUUUAUCCUGGUGUCUGACAGACAAAGUGAUGCCUCUUUCCUCAUUCACCACUUCCUGUCUUUUUACCUGCGAGCACGCUGUAAAGUGUGUUUUGUGGGCCUGGUGCAGUCAUACAGUCACUACAGCGCAGUCUGCCAGAGACUGGGUGUGAGUCUAGCACAGGCAAAGGAAAAAGGUCAACUAAUAUUCCUGGAGGGACUGAAAGAGUCGCUCUCUAUUUUAAAUCCCCAAGAAGCCGACACAGGAAGUCAAGCCAUGGACUUCCUCAGGGAUCCUGCUGUUGGCCUGCGGAGUCUCUAUGAGUUUGUCCGCUGCGGUGUAAGCAGCUCAGGCAGUGGGGACGAGGAGUGGGGACCCCCGGUGCUGCUGGUGGACGACCUCAGCGUGCUGCCGAGUCUGGGGGUGAGUGUCGGAGCCGCGCUGGACUUCAGCCACUACUGCCGAGCCACCGUCUGCUCCCAGAAACAGGGGAACGUGGUGAUGCUGGUGCGCUGUGACGGGGAAGAAGACGAGGAAGACGACGGUGAUAACGAAGGCUUAGAGAGGCUCCUGAAGGGCUUGAGCCACCAGUGUAGCCUCGCUCUUCAAGUACGGGGUCUCCCCACUGGAUACUGCAAGGACAUCCACGGGCAGGUGGAGGUGUGUUGGAGGAGGAGACAAGCUGAUGGGCAGCACACACAGAAGAAACUCUUUCAGUACAAAGUCCAUGAUAAAGGAGCUUCCUUCUUUGCUCGUGGGACGUCCAGUGCUGUUCUUUAGUUACUUAUCUCAAUGUCUUUGUUUGCCUUUUGCCUCUUUUUUUUUUUUUUUACAUGUGGCAACUGACAAGCCAAUUUCACUGUUGUAUGAUAUUAUCACCACACAGUAUAAACGAUGGUUGAUUAGUUGCCAAAGUGUUCGAUAAGGCAACACAAGCCUGCCAGCUGAAGCUUUGUGUCUGGACC